AUGUCGACGCCCGACAUCUCACAGCUCACUGCGGCGCAGCAAGAGGCUCUGCAAACGUACACUGCAGUGACCGAUCAAGAUCCGUUAGCUGCCAUUCCGCUACUACAGAGAUGCGAGUGGAACGUACAGAUAGCCAUUGCUCGUUUCUUCGACGGCGAACCUACCACAGACCCGGUCGCCGAAGCUCGUGCAGCUCUACCCGCCGCGUCCUCGAGGCAAACCUCAAACCUACAGUAUGAGUCGUUGCUAUCAUCUAGCCACUCGUCGGCGUCUUCGAGACCGCCUGAAGAUCGGGUAGAGAAAGUAGAUACCAGCGCUGCCGGCAUGACCCAACAACAACCUUCAUUCAUGCUGUCGGCCCUCCUCGUGCCCUUCAAUCUGGUCUAUCGAAUUUUUAGCACCGUCUUCGCACCGUUCGGCUUCCUUGUACCGUCAUUCAUCUCGCGAGUAUUGUCACGUCUACUUACGCGACGGUCGAGACCAGCGAGAAGAGCACUUGCUCCUGCCGACAAUGCUGCCCGGUUUAUUCGGGAGUUCUCAGAGGAGUACCCCGAGCAUGCCCUGCCAUUCGUUGAGUCAGGUUUUAAUCUUACACUGGACAAUGCGAAGAAAGAGCUCAAGUUUCUCUUGGUCACUCUGCUGUCUCCAGAUCACGAUGACAACGCCACCUGGGUGCGAGAAACGCUACUUAGCCAACAGGUGGCCUCGUUCUUGUCAUCGCACAAGGACGAGCUCCUACUAUGGGGUGGUAAUGUUCAGGAUGCAGAGGCGUAUCAGGUGUCUGCAAGCCUGAACUGUACCAAGUUUCCAUUUGUGGCACUUAUUUGUCAGUCGGCAGAAACUGGUUCAUCCGGCAUGACAGUCAUUAUGCGAGCAGUUGGUCCUAUGACACCUUCAGAGCUUGUAGCAAAGCUAGGAAGUGCCAUCACUGCACAACAGUCCGAACUACGGACCGCGCGGAGCCAGCGCGCAGAGCAACAAGCUUCUCGCAGUCUACGAGAGGAGCAAGAUUCUGCCUACGAACGGUCUUUGGCACAAGAUCGCGAGAGAGUCAGAAGACGACGAGAAGAGCAAGAAGCUCAAGAGCUAGCGGAGCGCCAGGCCAAAGCCACGCAAGAGGCAGCAGAGAAUCGUCGCCGCCAGGUUGAACAGUGGCGCAAAUGGAGAGCUCAGUCUCUCCCCAGUGAGCCUGGGCCAGACAGCAGUGAUGCGAUACGAAUCAGCAUCAGGAUGCCAUCUGGCGACCGAGUCAUACGGAAAUUCCGAGCAGAAGCUGAGAUGGAAGAGUUGUAUGCAUAUGUGGACUGUCACGGUGUGAUUGAUGCAAGUCCGAGCUCAGGGGAGGCUAUUAACGAGCCUGAAGGAUAUGAGCAUUCCUUUGGAUUCCAACUCGUCUCGCCAAUGCCCAGAAAAGUCUUUGAGCUGAAGAGUGGUGGCUCUGUUGGGGAGCGGAUUGGUAAAGGGGCCAACCUCAUUGUCGAGCCGAUAGAUGAUGAUGACGAAUCUUGA